AUGCCCUUAUUUGCCAAUCCAAAGCUAAUCAGAGAACUGUGUAGUGCAACAGCCGAGCACAUUCGCAAAGACGUUGGAAAAGUCGACGCCAUUGUUGGCUUGGAAGCACGGGGCUUUUUGUUUGGACCUAUCGUUGCAAUGUUUCUUGAAGUAGCUUUUGUUCCAAUCCGAAAACAAGGUAAACUACCAGGACAAUGUUUGCAAGCAUCCUAUGCAAAAGAAUAUGGCGAGGCACGUGUUAUAGAUAUCGUUGAAAUACAGCAAGAUGCUUUGAAACCAGGAUCCAAAGUUGUGAUUAUCGAUGAUCUGCUUGCCACCGGUGGAACAUUGAAGGCUGCCGUCGAUGUUGUUGAAAAGGCGCAUGCACAAGUUGCAGAGGCUUUUGUGAUUAUAGAGCUCGUACCACUUCAUGGACGAGAGCGAAAUUCAAAAAUACCGGUGACGUCUGUAUUAAAAUACAACGAAGCCUAA